AGGGGGCGCUGUGCAAACGACUGAACAGCGUCGACGAAAUACAAGCGCAGUUAACAGGCUGAACUCCAGACUCCUUACUCUGGUGUCAUACCCGGCAGCUUCGUGAGAGAAAGCUGAACUUCAACCUGCAACAUGGGAGAGAGAAAAGGAGUCAACAAGUACUACCCCCCAGAUUUUGACCCUGCUAAGCAUGGCUCCAUCAACGGGUACUGGAACACUCACCCGCUGCGGGAGAGAGCCAGGAAACUCUCACAGGGCAUCCUCAUCAUCAGGUUUGAGAUGCCGUACAACAUCUGGUGUGAUGGCUGUAAGAAUCACAUAGGCAUGGGGGUCCGGUAUAAUGCUGAAAAGAAGAAAGUGGGGAAUUACUACACUACACCAAUAUACAGGUUUAGAAUGAAGUGUCACCUGUGUGUGAACUACAUUGAGAUGCAGACAGACCCAGCCACCUGUGACUACGUCAUCGUGAGUGGAGCAAGGAGGAAAGAGGAGAGAUGGGACAUGGCUGACAAUGAACAGAUUCUCACCACUGAGCACAGUGAGAAGGAGAAGCUGGAGACAGAUGCUAUGUACAAGCUGGAUCACGGUGGAAAAGACAAAGAGAAGCUGCGUGCAGCAAUUCCCUCCCUCUCUGAGCUACAGGAUCACCAAGCUGGAUGGAAGGACGACUUUCAGCUCAACAGCGCGCUCCGCAGGAAGUUUAGGGAAGAAAAGAAAGUGAUAGCUGAAGAGGAGGAGAAAGACAAUGUUGUGAGGAAGAGGACGGGUCUGGCCAUCCCUCUGUUACCGGAGAAAGAGGAGGACAAAAAACUCGCCUCUCUGCUUACCUUUCAGAGCCCUGACUCAUAUGAUGACAGGCAGCAGUCUAAGAGGCAGCAGAUCUCGUCUCGUUCCUGGUUCGGUUCUUCUUCCACUCCAUCGGGGGGCGCUCUGGGCGGUCUGCUGCAGAAGCUUGGCCAGCAGGGCAGAGAUGCUGCUGUUUCGAAAGCACUAAGCUGCGCGCCGCCCAGCCCAAUAAGCCUAGUGCGCAGGAGGUCAGACGGGGGCAGCACAACAUCAAGCAGCCCCAGCCAGACGCCGUCUUCUACUUCCAGCGUCAACGACUCCCACCCCCAGCCUGUUUCAAGCCCAAACACAGUCACUCCAGAACAAGCCGACCUAGAGGACAAGCACAUAAACGGCAACUCCCCUUCAACACUGUCCUUAGAGGACAGACAGGACGUUUAUACAGCAAACGCAGCAGAGAGUAUAAAGGACAAGGCCCCAGUGGACAGCAGCACCAAACUCUGCGCUGGGGUGUCUCUAGUAGCGGACUACAGCGACUCGGACUCGGAUUCGGGACAGUAAGGAAGCUCUGAAGAUUUAUUAUUCAGAACUGGACACACAACAGCCCACCUAUUUAAAGAAAAGACAUCAUAUGUAAUCGGAGAGGACUUCGGCUUACAACGUGACCUUAUUGUCUUUUUUUAAAGCAUGCACCUUGUUGACUAACCAGUUAAAGCUAUAAAUGUGUCUCAAAGCUCUUUUCCCACUUUCCCCACCAAAUAAAAUCACAAAAAAGUA